AUAGUAAUAGUUACCAGUGCAGAGGUUAUGUUUAUACCAGCAUUGGUCUGUUUGUUUACCAGCUAUUUGAUUAGCGAACAAGAUGACUUAGAAAACAAUGUAUUCAGAGUUCUCACCAGUAUUUUUCACAGCAUAUAGAUGUCAGUACCCUGGGAGCCAAACUGAUGGACGCUGUCUUCAGAUAAGCCUGCAACAAGCGCUACAUAUCUCCUGUAUCAAUGGCUACAGUAACGCAGCUCUGAUACAAGAGGGUGGAUGAAAAACAACGCUGCAAGUAGGCCAUUGUCUGCGUGAGAUAUCCUCUGAUGGUACGACCGUCUGUAGAAGACAAAACUGUUUGAGAAGAGAAGAAGAGGUGGUUUGUAUCGGUGACGGUUGAGUGAUUCGGCUGCCGAGAUGUCGUGCUACGUUAUCGUGACAUGCCGGUCGCUACUGUGGACACUGCUGAGCAUUGCUGCAGCGCUCGCGAAUCUAGCAGCGCUCAUGACGGCGCAGUGGUUGGUCGGACAGCCGAGAAAAGCGGGCGUUCCCGGCGGGAACAACAUCAAUGCUUCCCGACAGACUUCCCCUGAAGAGUACUACCGCCCCACGAUAGGCAUAUACAACAGGUGCACCUCGCUGCACUACUUCGGCGAGAUUUUCCACGACUCCUGCGGACCGUACAUUACCAGUUUCAGCGACCUGCCCAGUAAUUUCUGGAAGGCGACGCUGGUGUUUAUGGGGAUGGGGAUCCUAUUAUUGGUCAUCGUGGUCUUCACGUCGCUACUGGGGUUCUGUGUCCACGCCAUCGGGAAGAAGAGCAUAUUCAACAUCUCUGGUCUUCUACAGGCCAUAGCUGGUCUGUUCCUGAUCAUCGCGCUGGUUCUAUACCCGGCAGGCUGGGGCACCGACCGCGUGCAGGACCUGUGCGGGUACCGCGCCAGCCCCUACUACAUCAACGAGUGCACGCUGGGCUGGGCCUUCUACUGCGCCGUGGGCGGGACGCUCCUGUCCUUCGUGUGCGCCAUCCUGUCCGUACAGGCGGACAUCGCAACGUCCAGCGACAAGGUGGAGGAUGAGAUUCUAGAGGGGAAAAAUCUCAUCUGUCUGUUGUAGGAAGUAGUAGAGUGGGAGGGAUACAAGUCAUGGAAAUUGGGUGGAUUGGCUGGUUAGUUUGUUACUUGGUUUUUAGGAAGUAGUAAAGUCGGAGGGAUCCAAGUCAUAGAAAUUUGGUGGAUUGGCUGGUUAGUUUGUUACUUGGUUUUUAGAAAGAAGUAGAGUGGGAGGGAUCCAAGUCAUAGAAAUUUGGUGGAUUGGCUCAGGUUAGUUUGUUUGUUACUUGGUUAGUUCGUCAGUUGAUAUGUGAGUGGAUCAAACCUUCUGUCUGGUCAGAGAGUUGGUGUCUUGUAAAGGUGAUAUUCAUCUGUUCUGUUCAUACUGCCACAAAUGUGGUAAAUCUGGAUAAAUAGAUAAAAGAAAUAAGUCACAGCCAGCUUCAGUGAAUGAAAUGAAUGAAAACAAGUGGAUUUAAUGCAGAUAAAUGGAAUUAAGUUGUGAAAUUUAGCCAAGUAAUCAAAUUUGUGUGGCAUGGGGUGAGAGAGAAGUUAAGGUUGUGAAAUUUUGAAAUGCUUUGAAACAUCACCAGCCAGGCAAACAACUAUAGAAACCUGUCUUUGAAAAGAGUGCCAUAUUGCAUUGACUGCAAGUGACCAAGGUAUGAAAUACUUAGCCACGUUUAACAAAAAAAGGAAUUGUUUCUGAAGGAAAAGCAUGCGAUUAUACACAACAAUAAAGGACAGAACACAAUAUUCACAGUCAAAAUGUAUAAGCUAAGUGCAGAUGUAUAUGUUUUGUGUGCCAUUGUCAGUACAGUGUGGUAGGUAUGAAAAUAUGAUUAUUUUGUAAAUACAUUUCAAUGUCCUGUAUAUUAUAUGCAUGAAUGGUGAGUUGUUCACUUUUUUAUCUGUACGAAGCUACUGUAAUUAAGGGAGCAAUGCAAUUGUCAUAAAUGCCUUGUAGUGUUCAAAACACUAGCCCAUAAUAAUUCUCCUCAAACAUUCAUCUAAUACCACAUUCAUAUGCAGUAAUGCUAAAUUGCCAUAGUGAACAACAAUAGUUAUUUUUGCUACACUGUAUCCAAUGUGGAUUUCGCAUUCUAAAAAGAACUGCAAAUACGAAGAAAAAACAGUGAAAGUUCUACCUACACCUUGCCAUGCUACAUUGUAGAAAUCUCUUGAAGAAGAGAUUGUGCCAAAAUGCCUAAUUUUUAGUACAGCUUAUGAGGGGAGUUUUAGUAAAGGGAGUUUUAUACUAUGUGUACAAUGCUAAAAUGUGAUGUUUGCUUACUUAAUACUUGCAUUGGGUAUAUUUCAAGUACCUGCGUGUUUUGAGCGUUGCACUUCUUUCUGUGUAGCGAAAGAUUGUAGAUUAAAGAGCAUUAACAUGACAAGGAAAAUAUGGCGAAGUAGAGACAGAAUAGAAAUACAGUUGAGGUAUGAAAAACAAAGAUUUAGUCAUGUUCAUUUUAUGUCUGUGGAAACUAGGAACUGCUUCUUCGGUCCAUUCUCUGCAACGUUUGAUCUCGCUUGUAUAAACACCAAGAAAUUUGAUGUGAAAAAUCAUCUUAGAUACACUUUGUCAUUCUGUGAAUAGCUUUGUUAGGUUGGAAAGUAUUAGGAAAAUAAGAACUGAGUAGUUAUUCCAAAAUCAUAUUUUCCUGUACUUUGUCAUGUAAGAAUAUUUCAUUUUAUCAUUCACAGAUUUCAAUGAUCAACAUAUUCUAAUGAGAAAGUGUGGGCUCAAUUGGAGUUCCUUGUCAUAUAUACUAUACAUAUAACAGGAAACGGAGCAAAAAAAUAGGUUUGCAAGUGCCAUAUACUUGGUCUGCUUCUAUGGUAGAAUAGUUUCCAGACAUUAAUGUACACUACAUUGGUAAAUACUUGUGGGAUAUUUCGUUUAAUUAAUAAGUCUUAAACAGAAGUAUAAUAUUGAUGUGGUAGUUUGUAUUUUGUGUUUUUAAGUAUCAGUGUCUUGUUGAUAAAUAGUAAGAAAAGUUGUAAAUACAUGUUUGUACAUAUCUACAUAUUGUUACUUUUUCUGUCAUGUGCCUCCCAUAAUCAAUAUUUAUGUAUGUCAAAAAUUAAGUGUCAAAGUUGAUAAUGUGAAUUGUAAGCCUGCCAAUUUUAAGAAAUUUUGGAUAUAUUUAUGUGCAAGUGAUUUUAUUGCAAUUCACAAUAUGAUUUUAAUUAUAAGAGUGAUUUUCAAGGAACCCUCAUACAGUGAAUGGGGCAAUUAUCAUUGUAACCAAAAGAAUUUUGUUUUACUGUUGUUUCUGUUCUUGUGUAUUAAAGAAAAAAACAAC